AUGAAGUACCGGAGCAGAGGUGGAGCAGACCCUGCCAGCUUCUGCACCAAGCUCUUGAACACUACGGACCGGCGACGAGAGCAGAAAGAGGAUAAAGUGAGUGCCAAUGUUACUCUGAAGCUUUCCACUGAGUUAUCCAAGCCAACCAGCAUUUGUUCCUUUGAUUCACCUAAGGAGGUUCUUGUUUUGGACUGCCUCAGAGAUGCAAUUUUUUGGCCUGAAACCCCAUUAUUAAAAUCAAAAUUUUCCCUGAAUGACACUAGUGAUCCUGCUCAUAGCACCUUCACCAUUCUCCCACGAAACGGAGGGGGAAGUUGGCAAGUAGGGGAUCAGCUGAGGGUUUCGAUAAGAAUCUGUGACUUUCAUGGGCGCCCUAAGAAGUCUGGAGGAGAUUUUCUACUUGCUCGGCUGCACAAUCGUACUUUUCUUGCAGGAGUGGCAGGGCAUGUUGAGGAUCAUCACAAUGGUUCCUACUCUGCUGUGUUCUCUUUACUCUGGGAAGGAAAUGCACAAGUUGAGGUGACCCUAGUUCACCCCAGUGAAGCAGUCACAGUACUACAAAAACUGACACAGGAGCAGCCUGACAGAAUCUACUUUCAAAGUUUCUUUCGGUCAGGCUCAGUCACGGAAACUACCACUUGUAACAUAUGCCUUAAUGCAAACCAGCAGAAGCUGUGCAACUACACUGACAUAAACACGGGUGAGCCGUGGUUCUGCUACAAGCCAAAGAUAUUAGACUGUGACGCCAGGAUCUCCCAUGCCAAAGGAGGAUUCAGACAAAACAUCACAGCUAUGGAGGAAAAGCUUUUUCAAAGUGGUGUCAACAUGAAAGUCUCCAUUCCAGCUUCAGGACCUGCAAACGUCAUUGUUUUGCCAAAACCAAAAGGUGGAAACCAAAGUACUGUUGAGACCAGAGCAACUGGUUAUUACUACCAGGGUGCAUGGCAAGCACUAGAUGGCACCGCAGUUCAACAGUUUAACUCCACAGCAAUCAGCCAGUGUCUGAAAGGCAAAACUGUUUACAUCUAUGGGGACUCCACUGUUAGGCAGUGGUAUGAAUACUUAACCAAGGCGUUACCAGAGCUCAAGGAGUUUGAUCUGCAAAGCUCAAAGCAAACUGGUCCUUGUAUGGCUUUGGAUUUUGUGAACAAAGUUUUGUUGACGUUCCGCAGCCACGGCCCUCCCAUCCGUUUUGGCAGCAUGCCUGUCAGUCAGCUGCAUUACAUUGCCAAUGAAUUAGAUCGUGUGGCUGGGGGGUCAGACACUCUUGUGGUUAUAGGCAUCUGGUCUCACUUCAGCACUUUCCCUAUUGAGGUGUACAUCAGACGUCUGCUGAACAUUCGAAGAGCAGUGGUGAGACUCUUGACCAGAGCUCCUGCUACAAUGGUCAUCAUCAGGACUGCAAACCCCAAAGAGCUGACACUUUACGAAACUUUGACUAACAGUGACUGGUUUUCGCUACAGCGUGAUAAGGUACUAAGAGCUAUAUUUGAAGGAGUGAAUGUCCGACUAGUAGAUGCUUGGGAGAUGAUCCUGGCUCAUCACCUUCCACACAAACUCCAUCCCGAGUCUGACAUAAUUAAGAACAUGGUUGAUGUUCUUUUAUCCUAUAUAUGUCCUAUAGCUGGGAGUUUUAAAAGUUCCUUCAAAAAACUGGAUUCUAGGCCAGAGAUUUGUAUUGAGAAAGUGUAGGUUCUAAUGAACGAUUGCACCUACUUCUGUCUUAUGGCAAUGACUGGACUUACUGACCAAACCAAAAGCACCAUAGGUGACGUUCCCUGAAAAUGUCUUUUCAGAUUAGGUUCUGUAUAGUUAUAUGUAUUAGUUCCUUCAGCUGUUGUAGAGAGAUUGACGAUGAGCCUAUGGAAAAGGGAAUGAAUUGAUAGAGCGGGGGAAUACUAUUUUAGCUAAUUUUAGCUAUUUUAAGCAACAGUAAACAGGCUUAAAUUUGCUUGUGUCAUUUGUACAACAGAACUGAAGAUGGGUUUUGAUGGGAUUUUCCUGUUCAUGUUGUGGUUGAAUGAUUUUGAAUUAGUUGAUCCAGCUGGUGUCCUCUGCUAGUGCAACAUUUGCGUAAGUCGGAUUUUUUUAUGUUUUUGGCUGAGAAAACCAUGACAAACUAAACUAUUGUCUCUUAUGGCAGUGUGGAGGUUAAUACCUGCUAACUGUUGACAGUUUCAGUUUGAAUUAUUUCAAAAGUGCUAAAAUUAGAUAAACUUGGAAUAAUUCUGUCUAGCUUUAGCCUUUUACCACUCAAAUGUAUUUUUUUGUAUUCUAAAAUUAAUAUAACAUCUUCCUACUAAAGGUAAAAGAAAUAUUAGAUAUCUGCUGUUAACCAUGGUGAGGAAUCUGACUGCUCAUAUGUGUUCCACUUAAUUUACUCCUAAAAAAUCUUGAUGAUUCAAUGAUAAUGUUUAAGUAUAGAUGUAGAUGUAGAUGACUAUUCAAGAUCCCCAAUGCAUGUUCAAUCCUGCAUCUAUCAACGUAUAUUGCAUUCACACUUGCCUUAUUUUAAAUCAGAAAAGUCUUGGACUGAAAUCUAUGGAGUCAGUGUGGCUUCAAUGAGGCAUUUAUUCUUUUUUCUCCUUGGCUGAGUUACUACUGAGGAUGUAGGCCCUAUUGGAAAAUGAAUAUUAAAAUACAUAUGGUCAAUUCAAUGCCAGUUAACAAAAAAGAACAUAGGGCUGGGCGAUGUGGCUUAAAAAUUGCAGAUUUUACUAUUCCAAAUCCGAUUAAUCGUUUUUUUUCCUCCUUUUUGUGUCACAAAAAUAAAUUAAAUAAAUUAUUUUGAAAACUUGCUUUCAUGUCAAGUAUUUUGCCUGGGAGUUGACCUGAAUUCAAAGUGCUACUAAAUACAUGCUGUAAAACAAGAUGGUGGCCAUGCCGUGGUAAACAAUGAAGAUAUAAC